UCGUCGUCGAACAAAAACGCGGAAACAAAAGAAAUAACGUUUAUCAGUUUGUCAAAACAAAUAACACCGACCUAGUCGGCAUAAAGUGAGCGUAGCUGUAGCUGACAGCUGUCAAAGUUAACAUCGAAGCUUCGCUUAACCUAUCUAAAAGCUUUACCAUGGCUCUGAAAAGAAUACAGAAGGAGUUACAAGACCUAGAGAAGGACCCGCCAGCGUCAUGUUCUGCUGGACCUGUCGGGGAGGACUUGUUUCACUGGCAAGCUACCAUCACGGGACCGAAUGACAGCCCAUAUCAUGGAGGAGUGUUCUUCCUUUCUGUCCAUUUUCCCACUGACUAUCCCUUUAAACCACCAAAGCUUGCCUUUACAACGAAAAUCUAUCACCCAAACAUCAACAGCAAUGGUAGCAUCUGCCUUGACAUCUUGAGGUCACAGUGGUCACCUGCUCUUACUGUAUCAAAAGUUUUAUUAUCCAUAUGCUCCUUGCUAUGUGACCCAAAUCCAGAUGAUCCGCUAGUCCCAGACAUUGCACAUAUCUACAAAUCGGACAGACAAAAGUACAACAAAGUAGCCAGAGAAUGGACUCAGAGGUAUGCAAUGUGAGGGACUGGAGUUCAGCAACAAUGACGCAUCCCUAAACACCUCAAAAUAUGACAGUACUGUUUCAACUGUUCAUCCACACUGGUUCUAGUUGAGGUGUUUUAUUCGCUUGAAGCACUUUCUCUACUUGGACUUUACUUGACUUAACUGUUUUUACUGUUUAUUUUAUUUUCCCCUUAAAUUGGCGUCAUUAUAAUUAUUGGUUGUGGUGAGAUGGCCUGAUUAUACUUUUCUUUUAAGAGAUUUAUAUUGUACAACCAUACUGAAUUUAUUUUUCAUUAUUUUGCAUUAAAGACAUUAAUCAAUAA